AUUCUACGGUGCCGGUGCCACCCGGAACCGGAAGAAGAGUCAUGUCCAUGUCCCCCGCGAGAUGGCAAGGGGCGAAGGCCCAAUCGGGUCAAACUGCGUCUUCUUCUUGCGAUUCCGAGGAGAAAACAUCAGCCGGCGCAUAGUUCGCUUCCCGCGUUAACCCCUUCGAGAAUCUCAAUCCCUUCGCGCCGCCAGUCGUUUCCCCCUCUCUCUGGGUUAUUCCUCGUAGUGGUGAAGAAGUGAUGGAGCACCCGAAGCCGGAGUCGGAGAAGAGCUCGGGUCAGGAUCGGGGCCAGAGUCCGGAUCCGAGUGGGGAGGCCGGCGGAUCAGAAGCCGGUACGCAACCCAACGUUCGUGUUGACGGCAAUAUUAGCGGUAACGGAAAUGGUAUUGAUCUCAAUAAACCGUCGCUGAACAGUACGCCGCGGUCGAAGAAAUCGGUGCGUUGGAGUGAGGAAUUGGUGAUGGAGUCUCCUUCUCCCAGAUCGGCGUCUUCCUUUGCUGGAUCGAAUCCAUACGUCGCCUCUUCUCCUUCAUCUUCGUAUUCAACCUCCUUCAAGCAUUCAAUGAGUACUGUUCGAGACGUGUUAGGGAGAUGGGGAAAGAAGGUUGGAGAAGCAACAAGGAAAGCCGAGGAUCUUGCAGGAAACACUUGGCAACACCUAAAAACGGCCCCAAGUUUAACUGAUGGUGCCUUGGGAAGAAUUGCACAAGGAACAAAGGUUCUGGCUGAAGGUGGGCAUGAGAAAAUUUUCAGACAAACAUUUGAGACCGUCCCUGAGGAGCAACUACAAGAUUCAUAUGCAUGCUACUUAUCAACUUCAGCUGGUCCAGUAAUGGGAGUUUUAUAUGUAUCUACAGCAAAGCUUGCAUUUUGCAGUGACAAUCCUCUGUCAUAUAAAACUGGUGACAAGACUGAAUGGAGCUAUUAUAAGGUAGUCAUCCCAUUACAUCAGCUUAAAGCAGUGAACUCCUCAUCCAGCAGGACUAAUUCCGCUGAGAAAUACAUCCAGGUCAUCUCCGUUGAUGACCAUGAAUUUUGGUACAUGGGCUUCCUAAACUACGACAGUGCUGUGAAGUGCCUAGAGGAUGCUCUGCAGCACCGAAACUUAGCUGUUUGAUAACGUCUCUUCUCAAGCUUUCUCACAUUUUAGGGACACGUUUCAGGAUACCACAACAAAAGAUCCAUUUUGUACUGCUGUUAUAGCACAUUGCUUUAAGAUGAAAGGCCCUAAAAGUUGCCUUCCACUAGGAAUUUUUUCUGGUAUGCCAGAGAUGAGCUUAGGCCACGAGGGUUUCCCAUGGAACUAGUUGGCAGGUGGCUACAUGGUGGUGGUCGUUUCUGUAAAAUUGAUUUGCCUACUGAACGUUGUACUGGUAACGCCUCUGUAGUUCGGUUAUUUUGUUGCACUUCCUCCAAAUUGUAAGCCAUUGGCAGGACUUGAAAUGGCUACAACUGGCAUUUAACCUGAUGCUCCCCUGUACACUGCUUUGCCUGGAUUAAUAGGUUUUUGUCUUGCAGCAGCUUAAAAAUAUUAUUUUCCUAGGAUCAACUAUCUAUUGGUGGGAUUAAGGCUUGGGAUUGUUGUUGAUCAUCAUCUAAUAUCUGUAGCAUAGCUGCAAUGCUUUAUUGAACAAUUCUUCUAGCCCGUGGAUUUAGAAAUCUGAGCCAGGGGGUUUGUGUUGACUAUU